AUGGCUGAGAUCAGAGAAGAAACGAGAGCCAACACGGAGUAUAUCCGCAGCAAAGGGUACAACGUGGUGGAAAUGUAUGAAUGUCAGUGGACAGAAAUGAAGAGAACCAACCGAGAACUACGGCGUUUUAUUGCCACCGAAGUGAGAAGAACCCUCGACAAAGUCAAGAUCAUGAGCCCGGAGCGAAUAUUGAGCGAGGUGCGAAAUGAGCGUUUGUUUGGGUGCGUGGAAGUAGAUAUUCGUGUGCCUGAGCAUUUGAAAGAGAAAUUCAGUGAAAUGUGCCCGAUCUUCAAGAACACAGAAAUCAGCCGCGAUGAUAUUGGAGACUUCAUGAAAGCGUACGCAGAAGAGCAUAACAUCAUGGCUCAGCUUCGGCGAAGCUUGAUCGGGAGCAUGAAAGGAGAAAAAAUCUUGUUGGCCACACCCCUCCUCAAAUGGUACUUAGAACACGGCCUGGAAGUCACCAAAGUCUACCAAGUGGUUGAAUUCACCCCUGAGCCCUGCUUCAAACCCUUUGGAGAUGCGGUGUCAGACGCGAGGAGAGCCGGAGAUGCGGACCCCAGUAAAGCCAUCAUUGCAGAUACCAUGAAACUGGUAAGUUUUUGUUUCAUUUUUUCGUUCAUAAAGGGGUGGGAACAAUAUACAUUUUCACGAAUAGAAAAAACUUAUAUCUUUGUUUAUCUCUCAGGUGGGUAAUUCAGGCUAUGGUAAGACGAUCACUAACCAACUGAAACACAGAAACGUGGAGUAUUGCAGUGACGCAGAGGCCAGCCGAAAAGUCAACGCCCCACUGUUCCGGAAACUGGAAAAUAUCACAGAAGAUACUUAUGAAGUAGAGUCUUGUAAGAAAACUAUUAAGUUAAACUUACCUAUUCAAGUCGGGUUUUUUGUGUAUCAGUAUGCUAAGUUACGCAUGCUGCAGUUUUAUUAUGAUUUCUUAGACAAGUAUCUCGAUCGCAGCGGUUUUCAAAUGUGUGAAAUGGAUACGGAUUCAGCGUAUAUCGCUAUUGCUGGGGAGAGUGUGGAAAGUUUAGUCAAACCAGAAUUGAAAGCAGAGUUCGAAGCUGAUAAAUGCAACUGGUUUCCCCGUACGGAUACACCCGAGCAUAAAGCCUAUGAUAAGCGAACCCCGGGUCUUUUUAAGGUUGAGUGGGAGGGACAAGGAAUUAUCGGGUUGUGUUCAAAAACCUACUACUGUUUUGGGGUCAAAGAUAAGUUUAGUUGUAAGGAUGUCAACAAGAAAUGCAAUGACAUUAACAAAGAUAAAUACCUUAAUGUCUUACUUACAAAACAGAAUAGUGCUGGGGUGAAUCGAGGGUUCAGAGUUGUAAAUAAUACUAUGUACACUUAUGAGCAAGUUAGGGAUGCCUUUUCGUAUUUUUACCCGAAACGUAAAGUUUUGGCUGAUGGAGUUAGCACCACUCCACUCGAAAUUUAA